AUGGCUGCAAAGAAAAAGAAGGAGCACGUCAUUGUCGUCGGCAUCGACUUUGGCACUACGUUCUCGGGUGUCAGUUGGGCAUACUUGGGCCAGCCAGACGUCAUUGAAGUUAUCACCCGAUGGGAAACCGAGCUGAACUUCGCGUCGGACACCGAGAAGACCCCCACUGCGAUUCUCUUCCAAAAGCCUCAAGGUGAGGUCUUUUGGGGAUCUGGCAUUCCACUCGAUACAGAUCAGGAGCCUUUGAGGUGGUUCAAGCUUCUGCUUGUGGACGAGAAGGAUCUCCCACUCGAUGUUAAACAUUCCUCACAGAUUGCAGCUGCCAAGGCGCUCGCGAAAGCUGCUAACAAAGACCCCCUUGAGAUCAUCAGCAGCUACCUUCGCCUUUUGUGGAAUCAUUCCAUGGAAUGCAUUGGUAUUUCUGCUGGGGAGCAGACCGUCAAACUUUGCAGAUUUCAUGUCGUCAUUACCCUACCAGCCAUUUGGCCCGACUAUGCGAAGGCCCGCAUGAGAAAUGCCGCAGAGCACGCAGGCAUUACCCAGCAUCGUCCUGCUGGCAAGACUAGCUUGACUUUCAUAUCUGAGCCGGAAGCAGCGGCUCUAGCGACCACAAAAGAUGUUACCUGUAAACCACAGGCCAAAAAAGGUGACUACUUCGUCGUCUGUGACGCCGGUGGUGGUACCGUCGACCUGAUCAGCUAUGAGAUCACGAGCUUGAAUCCUACAGUGGUUCGCGAGGCCAUCAAGGGCGAUGGUGGACUCUGCGGUGGUGUUUUCCUCGAUGAAGCAUUUCUCAAUCUCAUCAAAGAGAAGGUCACGCCUGCGGCUUGGGCUAUGGUGCCCAACGAAGAAGCUGCCAACAUGCUGAACUGUGAUUGGGAAAAUGGUAUCAAGCAGCGAUAUGAGGGCCAAGAGAAUCGUACUUGGAACGUCAGGCUGCCCCCCGAGUGCCAGAUCCGAAAUGGCUUUACUCGGGGUAUCAAGCGCAAGCGAAACCUGAUGCUCGGACACAACGACUUGCACCAUGUCUUUGACCCGAUUGCCAAGAAGAUUGGCAAACUGAUACAGAAGCAGAUCGAUGGUGUGCUUACGGUCUCCGGCAAAUUGCCCAAGACCAUCAUUCUUGUUGGCGGUUUUGGUCGAAGCAGAUACAUCCAUAAUUAUGUCAAGUCGAUGCUUGACGAUGGUAUUACGCUCCUCCAGUCAUCCGGAACUAAGCCUUGGACUGCCAUUUGCCGUGGCGCAACGCUCCAGGGACUUGCUAGCCUCAGCCUCAGCCCUGAUCUCGCAGUCAGCGUGCGAUCGAGAAUAUCUCGUGCCAGCUACGGCAUUGAGUAUCGUCAGAAAUUCGACCCAAGACUUCACGACCCUUCUGAUAAGUACUGGUACCAGGAGGAGCAAGAUUGGUAUGUCAAUGGGAACAUGAAGUGGUUUCUCGAACAGGGUAUGGACGUCUCAAGCACACAACCUGUCCGCCAUGAGUACUACCGACUCUACUCGUCAGCCCCAAAGGAGAUAACUGACACAUUCCAUGUCACUGCGAUCUCGCCAGCCCCGAAGCGCCAAACCUCGGAUGUCAAGAGGCUUUGCGACGUCACGUGGAACAAGAUGAUUGACUUCGAGGCUUUGCCGCGCUUCACCAACUCCCUUGGAAAGGUUUUCGGCAAACUCGAAUUCAUAAUCGAGAUGGCAUGUGCUGGAGCGAGCAUUGACUUCACCGUCAUCCAUGAUGGUAAACGAGUCUGCUCGAAGAAUGUCGAAGUGGAUUUCGAAGGUAAUCUCACCAAUGAGGACGAAGAGUCUAGUUCUGAAGACGAGAGUGAGUGA